AUGGAUUCCGUGGAUAGAACCCAAAACGAUAAAGAUGCACCAGUCGACCAAGAGCAGGGACAGCGCCCUGUCAAUUCCGAGAAAAGACCCAAACGGCCGCCAAAAAAGAAUCUGAACCCCCUUCAAGCGGCAAUUAGCGACUUCAUCCAGAACAACCCGUCCCCAAGCGUGCUCUCAUCCCAUGGCCUGUCCCCCGAGGGGCUGGUAGCAUCUCUUCCCAAACGUUACACCAUUUACCAGCCUCUGCUUCUUCUGCCUGCAAAUGCAUUCACAUCUUCCCCAACGUGGGCCUCAGUCUAUGACUCGCUGAACGAUGGCGAACGGCAUAAACUCUACGAAUCGAUAGUUGCGUCUUUCCGUAACAUGGGUGUGACCCAUAUUGCAAUCAAUGCGCCGAUCGCACCGACGGAUGAAAGUGGCAGCGAGAACCGAAUGCGAAGCCCAACGGGCUUGCUUCCCUUGUACGGCGAUUUUGGCCUGUCUCCACGAUCACACAGGACCAUCUCAGGUGAGGGUGAGAUGCAGACGCAGACGCAGACCCAACCAGUCAAGGAAGAUUUCGACAAGGCAUUCUGGGUGCGCACAACACAGAACGGUGGGAUCGUGCAGACCUGGGCGCCUCUCUAUACGAUGUUUUCUCGGGGAAACAUCACGGAAAAGGCCCGCAUUCUGGGCCAGGGAACUCGGUUCGAUGGAUUGGAUGAUGCUUCACUGAAAGGUGAACGGAUCCAGGACAUCAGUGUUGUAGACAUGUACGCGGGGAUCGGGUACUUUGUAUUCUCUUACCUCAAACGAGGCGUGAAGCGAGUCUGGGGCUGGGAUAUUAAUGGAUGGUCCGUCGAGGGCUUGCGACGCGGUUGCGUGGAGAAUGGCUGGAACUGCAAGGUUGUCUCUGUCAACGAUGACGGUACGCUGCAAGGAGGGUAUCAAACUCUUGUUGACGGGCUCAGGGAUACCGAUAGGGUCGUGGUCUUCCACGGAGACAACAAGUUUGCAGCACAGAUUUUAGACAGGAUCAGGGUGAUGCUGGAAGAAAGAAAGUCCUGGAACAGGAUCCGGCAUGUGAACUUGGGUCUGCUGCCCACAUCACAGCCGGCCUGGGAAAAUGCCUACCGGUUGCUGGACCGGAGACAUGGUGGCUGGGUCCAUGUGCAUGAGAAUGUGGACAUUCGACAGAUCGACGAGAAGAGGGAAUAUAUUCUGGACGAGUUCAGGCGAUUGAGCGUUAUCGUGGAUGAGAAAGCCACAUCACCUCGGGCGAAUUCGAUUGCGUGUCAUCACAUAGAACGUGUCAAAACUUAUGCUCCAGGAGUCAUGCAUUGUGUCUAUGAUAUUGAGAUCUCCUUCGAUUCUGAGGGAGAUGCGGUGACUCCAUCAUAA